CCCGCCAACGGUGGAGCCGCGUCCGGAGACGAGGUCCGCAGCCGGAGGAACCGCGGUGCAAGAGGGAGGAGGCAGGAAGCGGCGCCGGCGAUGGCGAGCCCGUUGGCGGACAGCUCGAGCGGCCUGUGGACCGUGCUGGGGCAGGCCUCGAACGUGGCGCAGCUGGUCGGCGUCGACGCGCUCGGACUCGCGUCCAUGGUCGUGCAGGCCGCGCUGGCGGCGCGCCGCCACCGGGACGCGUGCCGGCGGCUGGCGCAGCACGUGGAGAUCGUCGGCGGCCUGCUCCGGGAGCUGGAGCUCGCCGAGCUGAUGCGCUGGGAGGCCACGCGGCGGCCGCUCGAGCAGCUGAGCGGCGCGCUGCGGCGGUGCUACGCGCUCGUCACGGCGUGCCAGGACUGCGGGUACCUCCGCAGCCUGCUCGCCGGUGCCCGGAUGGCCGAGGAGCUCCGCGCCGCGGAGCAGGAGAUCGACAUGUUCAUCCGCCUCGUCCCGCUCAUCUCUCUCGUCGAGGCUACGCAUGAUCGCCGUGUCAAGAGUACAGAGGGUGUGCCAAGUGUGGUCGCGAGCUGUUCAAACCCUCAAACAAGGAUUCCAAGAAGAGAUGCGGAGCUCAAUGAAAUAAUUUCACAAGGAGCCACCACUGUACCUUGUAAAGUUGGGGAGGCAAUGUUAGGAGGGAUAGUGGAAUUGCAAGAGGAGAAAGUCAUGGAUACGGAUGAGUUGGUGAAGCUUUGUACUCGUACUGAAGUGAGCUGCCCAGGAUUCAAAAAGUUUGAUUUCUUUGAGAUUGUGGAUGGCACAGACAAUUUUUCGACGAAAAGAAUUGUUGGAAGGGGUGGAUUUGGUACAGUUUACAAGGUUCAGUUGACCAGUGGAGUCAUGGUUGCCAUCAAAAGAUUGGAUGAAAAUGCAACAGUAUUUGAUUUCAACAGUGAAUUGCAACUCGCAAGUCUUCAACAUACCAAUCUAGUUAGGCUACUGGGAUGGUGCGUACAUGGAAAAGAAAGGCUUCUGGUGUAUGAGUUCAUGCACAAUGGCAGCUUAGACCGUAUCAUUUUCGAUAAAACAAAGGGGGCAUUGCUAAACUGGUAUAAGAGACUGCAGAUAAUUAAAGGGUUAGCUGAGGGGCUUGUUUACAUGCACAAGCACUCACUUUUAUGGAUCAUACAUGGGGACUUGAAACCAAAUAACGUCCUCUUAGAUCAAGACAUGAAUCCAAAGAUCGCUGAUUUUGGAUCUGCUAGAACAUUGAGCUCAGAUAUAGCAGAAGGGCGCACAAUUAGAAUUGUGGGAACUAGUGGUUACAUAGCUCCGGAGUAUGCAUCUCGUGGUCUUUACUCAGUCAAGAUAGACGUGUUUGGCUUUGGGGUGUUAGCUCUUGUAAUCAUUAGUGGGCGAAACAAUAUCAUACUAGAGGAGCAAGGAGACACUGUUGGCAACCUUGUGCGAGAUGCAUGGCAGCUAUGGAAUGAUGGAAGGCUACAUGAGCUUGUUGACACAUUGUUGGGUGACGGAUAUGAAAUUGACGAGAUGGUGAGAUUUGUUCAGGUGGCACUUCUAUGUGCUCAGGAGGAUCCAGUAGACCGUCCCACCAUGUCAGAUGUUAUUGCAUUUCUGAACUUUGAAAGCACAAGUUCGUUACCUGAUCCUAAACCACCGUCUGAGCUGAUUAACAGAGGUGCUACCGGUUUCAACUUAUCGACAUGCGUGGGUCAACUAAAUAGGACAAUAGCUAUAACCAUCACGAGUUCAGCUCCUGUGUCAUCUAGAGUUCGCAUCAUUGUAGAACCAGAGACAUAAUAUGAUUUAUUUCACAUACUAGUACACUAUAAGUGUGUUGUUCCCUAUAUACCCUUGAUAAAUAUUCACUUUCUACUUUGCAUC